CUCGGCUUUGCUGGCGCUCUCACGGGUCAGGCACCUGGAGGACGCCUCCAAGCCCGCAGGGCGCCACGCCCGCCGCGCCCCCGGCGCCCGGAUAAGAGGCGCGCGCCAGGCGGCGGGGCGCCAGCUGCGGCCGAACCGUGCGCACCUGCUUUGCGCGCAGCGCACCGGCUACCGCGCGGCCAUGGAGGCACCGCGGGCCAUCGGCACCUUCGUGGUGUGGGACUACCUGGUGUUCGCGGCCAUGCUGCUCAUCUCGGCUGUCAUCGGCAUCUACUACGCCUUCGCGGGGGGUGGCCAGAAGACCUCCAAGGACUUCCUGAUGGGGGGCCGCAGCAUGACAGCUGUGCCCGUGGCGCUGUCCCUCACUGCCAGCUUCAUGUCCGCGGUCACCGUCCUGGGCACCCCCUCCGAGGUCUACCGAUUUGGGGCCAUAUUCACCAUCUUUGCCUUCACCUAUUUCUUGGUGGUGGUCAUCAGCGCCGAGGUCUUCCUCCCGGUCUUCUACAAGCUGGGGAUCACCAGCACCUAUGAGUAUUUGGAACUUCGAUUUAACAAAUUCAUUCGCCUGUGUGGAACUGUGCUCUUCAUCGUCCAAACAAUUCUGUAUACUGGAAUUGUUAUUUAUGCCCCAGCCCUGGCUUUGAAUCAAGUCACCGGGUUCCAUCUUUGGGGUGCAGUGGUGGCAACAGGAGUGGUUUGCACAUUCUACUGUACACUGGGUGGCCUUAAAGCAGUCAUUUGGACGGAUGUGUUUCAAGUUGGGAUCAUGGUCGCUGGGUUUGCAUCCGUGAUUAUACGGGCUUCAAUUGUGCAAGGAGGAAUGAAUGCCAUUCUAAAAGAUUCCUAUGAUGGUGGAAGGCUAAAUUUCUGGAAUUUUGAUCCAAACCCAUUGCAAAGACACACAUUCUGGACAAUUGUUAUAGGAGGAACCUUCACAUGGACCAGCAUCUAUGGCGUCAACCAGUCCCAGGUGCAGAGAUACAUUUCCUGUAAGAGCAGAUUCCAGGCAAAAAUGUCCCUCUACAUCAACCUUGUGGGGCUGUGGGCAAUCCUCGUCUGCUCCGUGUUUUGUGGGCUCUCCCUGUAUUCCAGGUAUCGUGACUGUGAUCCUUGGACAGACAAGAAAGUGUCUGCACCAGACCAGCUCAUGCCUUAUAUGGUCCUGGACAUUCUGCAAGAUUAUCCGGGAAUUCCUGGGCUUUUUGUGGCCUGUGCUUACAGUGGAACACUAAGCACAGUGUCCUCCAGUAUUAAUGCCUUAGCAGCAGUCACUGUGGAAGAUCUGAUCAAACCUCGCUUCAGAUCUCUCUCAGAAAAAUCUCUGUCGUGGAUUUCCCAAGGCACAAGUGUGCUGUAUGGAGCCCUGUGUAUUGGAAUGGCUGCUUUGGCGUCACUGAUGGGAGCGUUGUUACAGGCAGCACUCAGUAUAUUUGGCAUGGUUGGUGGGCCUCUUCUGGGCUUGUUUUCUUUGGGAAUUUUGGUUCCCUUUGCCAACUCAAUUGGAGCACUUGUUGGGCUGAUGGCUGGAUUUGCCAUUUCUCUGUGGGUUGGGAUUGGUGCUCAGCUCUAUCCUCCCCUUCCUGAGAGAACAUUGCCACUAAGCCUUGAAACUUAUGGCUGCAACAGCUCAUACAAUGGGACGAAUUCAUUUGCAACCACAGAAAUGCCAUUUUCUACUAGUGCUUUUCAAAUACAUGACGUUGAAAGGACUCCAUUAAUGGACAACUGGUAUUCUUUAUCAUACCUAUACUUCAGCACAAUUGGAACUUUGGUAACAGUAUUCGUGGGGAUGAUUAUUAGUUUACCAACAGGAGGAAGAAAACAGAACUUAGACUCCAAAUUCCUACUAACCAAAGAGGACUUUCUGUCCAAUUUCAGUAUGUUUAAGAAAAAGGAGCAUGUUUUAAACUACAAAUCUCAUCCAGUGGACGACGGCGGCACUGAUAAUCCUGCCUUCAACCACAUUGAAUUAAACUUCACUGAUCCAAGUGACAAGAUGAAUGGGACUCGUUUGUGA